UAUGAAUUAACACAUGUGGAAUUAUAUACUUAUCAAAAAUGUGUGAAACAACUGAAAAUAUGUCUUAUAUUCUAGUUUCUUCAAAGUAGCCACCUUUUGCUGUGAUUACUGCUUUGCACACACUCUGCAUUCUCUUGAUGAGCCAGCCAGCAGGGGGCACUAAGACGCCAUGAACUGUAAACCUCGAAGGAGAAGAAGAAUAGCGUUAGCUGCUAGCUGUUGUUAGCAGAGCUCCAGGACAACGCGGCCUGCAGAAGCGGGGAACCGUGAGUGGUUCUGGCCGCUCUGAGGACCUUGUUGAGGAGCCGGUUGGAUCAGAACCAGCCGGUCCAAAAGAAGCAAAUGGUAAAACCAUAAAAGUUCGGCUGAAUCUGUAUCAGACCGAAGGUGAGUCCAUGGAGACCCUCACUGAGACCCCCGCUGUGCUGCAGCCCCGUUGGAAGCGGGUCCUGGGCUGGACCGGCCCGGUUCCGCGACCCAGGCACGGACACCGGGCCGUUUCCAUCAAGGAGCUGAUGGUUGUGUUCGGAGGGGGAAACGAGGGAAUCGUGGACGAGCUCCACGUCUAUAACACAGCCACCAACCAAUGGUUCAUCCCGGCGGUGCGUGGCGACAUCCCUCCUGGCUGCGCCGCCUACGGCUUCGUGUGCGACGGGACACGGCUGCUGGUGUUCGGAGGGAUGGUGGAGUAUGGCAAGUACAGCAACGAGCUGUAUGAGCUGCAGGCCAGCCGCUGGGAGUGGAAACGUCUGAAGGCCAAACCACCGAAGAAAGGCCCGCCCCCUUGCCCGCGCCUCGGACACAGCUUCUCUCUGACUGGUUCCCGCUGCUUCCUGUUUGGCGGCCUGGCCAAUGACAGCGAGGAUCCUAAGAACAACAUUCCCAGGUACCUGAACGACCUGUACUGCCUGGAGCUGCGACCCGGUUCCACGGUGGUCAGCUGGGAGAUCCCGCCCACUUCAGGGCCGCCGCCGCCGCCCAGGGAGAGUCACACGGCGGUGAUGGCGAGCAGGGGCGGAGUCAGCCGGCUGAUCAUCUAUGGUGGGAUGAACGGCUGCCGGCUGGGAGACCUGUGGGUCCUGGACAUAGACUCUCUGGUGUGGAGCCAACCAUCUCUCAGUGGGACGCCGCCCCUCCCCCGCAGCCUGCACUCUGCCACCGUCAUCAACCACAAGAUGUACGUGUUUGGAGGAUGGGUCCCUCUCAUUGAGGACGACGUCAAGAUGGGAACCCAUGAGAAGGAGUGGAAGUGCACCAACAACCUGGCCUGCCUCAACCUGGAGACGAUGUGCUGGGAGACGGUUCUGAUGGACGGCGAUGAGGAGAACCUUCCCAGAGCGCGGGCCGGCCACUGCAGCGUCGCCAUCAACUCCCGCCUCUACAUCUGGAGCGGCCGCGACGGAUACCGCAAGGCCUGGAACAACCAGGUGUGCUGCAAAGACCUGUGGUACCUGGAGACAGAGUGUCCCAUGGCGCCGUCCCGGGUCCAGCUGGUCCGGGCCAACACCUCAUCCCUGGAGGUGAGCUGGGGGCCGUCCAAGACCGCCGACACCUACCUGCUGCAGCUGCAGAGGUACGACAUCCCGGCCACACCUGGCUCCACGCCCGCUGCCGCAGCACCAGCCGGCCACGCUGUCCCUCCGCCCGCCGCCGCUCACGGCGCCACGCCGCCUGGAAGCCCAUCAGCUGCAGCAGUCCUGAAGAUGGUGACAGCGCCCGGUGCAGCCAUGGCGACGCUUCCUGCAGGUGUUCGCCUGUCGUCGCCUGGUCAGACGGUAAGGACGGUCUGUGUCUCCUCGGCCGUCGGAAACGGAUCCGUUUCCACGGUAACCCUCCUGUCUACUUCUCAGCCAAUCGGCAGCAGCCCCCAGAUGAGCGGCAUGGCGGCCCUGGCGGCGGCGGCAGCAGUGACACAGAAGAUCCCUCCGUCCUCGGCGGCCGUCCUCGGCGGCGUGAAGACUGUCAAAAACCCGGCCACACGUCUGCUGAAGACGGCCGCCGCUCAGGUGGGCGUUGCUUCGGUAGUCCCCGCCUCCACGGCGCAGAGCCGGCCAAUCAUCACCGUGCAUAAGUCCGGCUCAGUGAUGGUCUCCCAGCAACCACAGGUGGUCACCACUGUGGUGGGCGGAGUCACCAAGACCAUCACCAUUGUCAACAGCCCCAUUAGCCUGGGAGGAGGCGGGGCUUUGGUGAGUGAUGUCAUCUAUGGCAAGCCGUUUAACAUAAUAUCAGCUGAACGGCUUGCUUGGAAACAUCUGCUUCUCUUUCAGAUUGGUAACCUUGGCAACCUGGGGAAGAUGGUGUCUGUGGUCCAGACCCGACCGGUCCAGAGCGGAGUGGUUACUGGUCAGGCUGGGAGCAGCCCAGUCACUCAGAUCCUCCAGACGAAGGGCGCGCUUCCUGCGGGAACCAUCCUGAAGCUGGUGAGCACCGCGGACGGGAAGCAGACCGCCAUCAUCAGCACGGCGCAGGCUGGCUCCAAUAAGCCCGCCAUCAUCAAGACCAUUCCGCUGUCGGCUCUGCAGGGAGCAGCAGGUGGGAACAGUCCAAUCACCAUCCUGAGCUCCAAGUUGGGAACUCCAGGAACAGAGAAGUUGAUCAACGCCAUCCCCAGGAUGUCCGCCGGCCAGCAAGGGGUCACACAGGUGGUGCUGAAAGGAGCCCCCGGGGUGCCUGGUACCAUCCUCAGAACCGUCCCGAUGAGCGGAAUCAGGCUGGUGUCUCCGGCCGCCACUGGCACCAAGCUAGUUGUCAAGGGAACCACAGGCGUCUCCAGCCUGGGGACGGGAACAGGAAGCGUCUCUGCCGCCUUGUUGGGGGGAACCUCGCUGACCACACCCACCGCCUCAUUAGCCAGCCAGGUUGCCACAGCAACCGCCUCUGGACCCAGACAGGUGACACUGAUCACGACGCCCAGCGGCGCUGAGCCGCAGCCGCUGGUCCAGGACCUGCCGGUCUCCUUCAUGGCCUCCCCGACCUCAGAGGAACCUGGCAGCACCACAGGUACCACUACCACCACUAACGCCGGGGGAGACGCUGCCACAGCGGUGACUCUGGUCUGCUCCAACCCCCCCUGUGAGACCCAUGAGACCGGAACCACCAAUACCUUCACCACUGCUGGAGCUGGCGGAAUCCAACAGGUAUGUUCCAACCCCCCCUGUGAGACUCAUGAGACCGGAACCACCAACACCGCCACCACCGCUGGAGCCGGCGGCGUCCAGCAGGUGUGCUCCAACCCCCCAUGUGAGACUCAUGAGACCGGAACCACCAACACCGCCACCACCGCUACAGCUCACCAGAGUGGAGAUGGUCUCCAUGGAGACGCCACAGACUCCGCCUCCUCAUCUGAUGCUGCCGUCAGUCAGAGUGCAGCGGUUACCACAGUAACGCAUGCCACGCCCACACCGGGUCCGUCUGUCCCGGAUCUCUCCUCAUUGGUUGGUGCUGAAAGGGUGGAGUCUGAAACCCUCGCCAUGGCAACAGGAGAAGAGGAGGAGCCAGCAAUGACAGACAGCCAAUCAGACGGCAUGAUGUCAUCAGGAGUGUCGGCGCUGCAGGUUCAGAUGGCGUCUUCAGACGGAGGUCUUCCUCAGCAGCUGAUGUCAUCAGAGGGGGACGGAGGUGAGGAGAUCUCCAGGACAAUGACCUUCACACUGACGACGGGACGGGUCCCAGACCAGAUGGCUGUUGCCUUGGCGACUGAGGGAGCAGCCAGGAGCAUCGGUGAGGCCAGCCAAUCAGGCGACCAGGCCGUCCGUAUCGUUCUGACACCACAGGAGCUGGCGGCGCUGGUCCAACAGCAGCAGGAACCAGAACCAGAACACAGCAGGGUGCCCACAGAGGGGCUCGCCCCGGCUGACAGCCUGAACGACCCGACCGCAGAGAGCCACGCCUCCCAGCCCGCCGCCGCCGUCAUCAGCGCCGUCGCCCGGCUGGCCAGCACAUUCAGCCCCACCCCUUUGGUGACGGAGACCAAGAGCAUGGCUGUCGCUAUGGCGACGGAAACCAUCAACGGCAUCAGAGAGCCGCCUCCUGAACCGACCAUUCGUGUGAAGUCGGCGCCGAAGGAGAACCCUUGGUUUGACGUCAGCAUCAUGAAGGUCACCAACGCCGUUGUGACUCACUACUACGUUCCCUACGACGACGAUGCGCUGGAGGAUGACUGCGGGGCGGCGCCGGACUACAGCCAGAUGAGGAGGGUGGAGCUUCAGCCGGGAACCGCCUACAAGUUCCGGGUGGCGGGGAUCAACAUCUGCGGCCGCGGCGCCUUCUCCGAGGUGGCGGCGUUCAAGACGUGCCUCCCUGGGUUCCCUGGAGCGCCGUGCGCCAUCAAGAUAAGCAAGAACCUGGGCGGGGCCCAGCUCACCUGGGAGCCGCCUGCCGUCACCGCGGGGAGCAUCACAGAGUACUCGGUGUACCUGGCCAUCCAGUCCAGCCAGGCCAAGCCGCCUGGUUCUGGCCCGGCCCAGCUGGCCUUCAUGAGGGUGUACUGUGGUUCUGAUCCGUGCUGCCUGGUUCAGGCCUCCACCCUGGCCAACGCGCACAUCGACUACACCACCAAGCCCGCCGUCAUCUUUCGCAUCGCCGCCCGCAACCAGAAAGGCUACGGGCCGGCCACGCAGGUCCGAUGGCUGCAAGAAACCGGUAAAGACUCCAAGCCGGCGCCAAAGAGAAGUGGAGCUUCUCAGGGAAUGUAAAAACUGGCGCCGCAUCCCAGAAUCCCACCUGACACAAAGAUGGUUGCCAAGAACUCAACAUGCUCCGCCGGAACCGGAGCUCACUGAUACCGGACCUUGGUUCUGCUUUCAUCAAUCAGCUGAUACCAACAGCGGAUGGUGUCGAAGGUCCAAACCCGACAGGCAGCUGCUCCGGAGGUUCUGAAACUCCUCCAACUCAUUUCUAUUCGGGUCCAGUUACAUCAGCAUCCAAUCAGAUGGGCUGAUGGUUCUGAAGGUUCUGGAGCUCCUCCAUCAUACUGUGAGGUUCUGGUCCAAACUCUGUUCUCCUUCAGAACCAACCCAACACAAUGUGAAGAGUCAGAACCGGCUCCCUCCCAGUCGGUUUCUGUUCCUGAUUUUAAACCAUGAAAACACCAGAACCAGAAUUUUCUUGAAUGUUGGACUGUUUGCUCAUUUGGAUCCGUUCAGUUCUGAACUGUCUCCGAACUCCUGACCCGAUGCAGGCGGAGCUUAAAGACAACAGGUGUGUUCAGGUGACGUCCCCUGGGUCAGAACUUUGGUUUUUCUUUGAGUUCUGGUGUUUAGUGGGUGGAGCCUGAGAUGACUGAGAAGCCCUAAAGUGGGCGGAGUCUCGAAUGUGGGCGGGGCCUGGUGUAAAAAAAAAUUCUUAAGCUUUAAUAAGACAAGUUUUCGGUUUUCUUUCUGUUGACGGAGGGCUCUGAUUGGUCGCUCGUGCUGAUGUUUAAUAUUCUCUGGAACAAUAAAGAUUUUUAGAGCAUUUUUA